GAUACGCGCACGCACAUUACUGUCAUGUCAGCUUGCUGUCUAGAAAUUAUUUUCAUUUCUAGUUUGGUUUGCUUUGUUUAUUAAGACGGCGUUAAUGAAUUACGUUAUUUUUAACCAAAUUGUAUAACACGCUGUAACUCAGCGUUUAUUGAAUUUUCAUCUACUAUGGCUAAAGUAGAACAGCCAAUAUUCAUCUUACCCAAAAAGCGAAAUGGCAAGAAACCUAAUACGAUAACAAGUCACGUAGAUCACAUAAUAACUGUGCAGGGUGCGGUAGAAAGUGAUUUGCCAACUAAAUACAAAGGCGGUCUGUCACCUGUAACAGAGCAUGUUGUGAAUGGCAUCAUACACUCUACAAUGGAUGGUCUGAAGUCAAAUAUGAAAAUAAACCUACCCAUAAUCAACGAUGUUCAUGAUGAAGAGAUAAAUGAAACCACUGCUGAUUCUCAGGAUAAAGUCCCAAAUGUCCAGAAGAAUGGCUACCAAGCAUUAGCCACUGUUCACAACAGCCGAGACAUCAUUGACCUAUCGCCAAUUUAUGAGAACUCUUCUGAUGGAUAUUCAAGUCAUGGAGAUUUGAUGGAGACUAGUGAAAAUGACAUUCUAAAAAGCUGCAAAAUACUUAACUCUGACCAAAAUGAGAGUUCAUUAGCUACACCGAACAGCCUAUCCCAAACACAGUCAGAGAACAGUUUUGAAAUGGGUAUAUUGACCGAUAGCCUCAAAAAUAGUGCAAAAAGAAAAAAACGUGUCAAUAUAAUCCAAGAAACUAUUGAAACUGAAAACAAUGAUUCAGAAAUUACUGCUUUAAGAGUUGAAUCUGAAGGUUCCAUAUCUCCAGAAUUUUCUCUGACAGAAAAUUCUAAAAAUAAUUAUUUGACUAUGACUGGCACAAUAAAGAGGGGUAAGAAAAAGGGGCAAAAUGUUGAUGUUAAACUUAAUAUAUCCAGAGAGGAGCUUGAAAUUAUUGAAGCAGCUAUUGUAGCUGAUGAGUACAACAAAAUGGAUAUAUCAAAGUGCUCCCUGUAUAAUGGUCCUCAUAUUUUUCUAUUUAGCUUACUUUGCAUACCGUUUGUGACAUGUAUUUCAGCUGCAUAUUCAUUUUAUAUGGCUACUAUGACUUGGUAUAAUAUUUUUACACAUGUAACUGAAGAGUUAAACUGUGUUAAAAAAGUAUUUUUGGCCCCGAUUGUGAUUUUAUCAUAUCCUUUUUUGAUUGUCAUAUUCACAAUUGGCCUUGGAAUUUAUGCUGGGAUUGUUCAACUGACGUUUAGUGGUGCAAAUUGGUGGAAGGAUGUCUGUGAUUUUGAAAAAGGUUUUUAUGGUUGGGUCUGCAAUACAUUGGGAAUGUCUGAAUGUAGUCCUUAUGAAGUUGUUGUGCUGAUGGAUGUGAAACCAUCCUAAACUCCAGUUAUGUUGGCAUUCCCUGCACCAGUUUGCAGUUAGUGAAUUAUAAGAAUAUUUAAAUUUGUAGCUAAACUAUUACGUCAUACUAGAGUGUGAUUUAAUAAAAUCUAUAAUGACUGAAAAUUUAUCUCAAACUUAAGAGAAAUUAUAGAUGCCAUAGACUAAAUUUUUUUGUACCACUUUUUGGGGGAUUUUGAGUGAGGGAUUUUGAUAAGAAAAAAACCAAUAUCUCUAUAAUCACAUACCAAAACAAAACUGAAUGAAACUCCUGACUAUAAUUUCUCUAAGAUUUAAGUUAAAAUGUAACUGUAGUUAACUAUUAUGUCAUACUAAAGUAGAGUAUGAUUUUAUAACAUUGUAUAAUGACUGAAAAUUAACCUCUAAUUUAAGUUAGUGUAAAAUGAGUUUCAACUUUGCCAUAAGACUGGAUUGGUAGUACUUUGCAUUGGUUGAUAAUUUAUACAGGAUAAGAAUUCUCUUUGACCUUCCACAAUUUUUGUUAGGAUAUAAGGCUGACUUACUAAUGAGGAAGUGCUAGUAAGAGUAAGGAAAAAGGACAGAAGAGGCAAGAUGAUUGGACACUUAAUAAGACACUUAAAAUUUAUUAAAAACGAAAAGAGAAGAAGAGAGAGAGCUAUAAGGAAAGAGAGGAAAUGGAAGACCAAGAAGAGCUUACAUGGAACAGGUUAAAGGGAAAGUGAAUGUUGUGUCUUAUAAGGAAGUGAAAGACUUGGCCUUUGAUAGACAGGAAUCGAGAAUGUUUUACCGACAAGAGCAUGGCUCUUAAAUUAAUGAUGAUAAGGCUGACACUUUUCAGUGAACCAGAUGCCAUCACAUCAGUUAAUGAGAGUGAGGUGGCUCACAAUUAACAUGUUCACUGUGUAACUGAAAAUUAGACUUCAGCCCCCCACGUGCAAUGUUAUUUUUCAAUAAACACAUUGGAAUUUAUGUACAUAGACACACUAUGGCAAGAAAACAAUCUGAAAAGCCCCCUGUUGGAUUUUCCGCAGUGCCCCACAUAUGGGACAUGCACAAAUUUAUUGUCUCAUAUGUGGUUCAUACACAGUGAAUGUGGUAAUAUUUUGUCAGGGAUAGUAGC